UAGCUUCCGGAAACCCGGAAGUGCUUUCAAGGUCCUCGGCUUUCGUUUCGUAAACACACAUCGUAGGUCUUUACAUUAAUGUGACAAUGGGGGUUAAAAUAGAAAUGUUCCGGAUGAUGUUGUAUCUGUCCUUUCCCGUGACAAUGUUUUGGAUAUCCAACCAAGCAGAAUAUUUUGAAGAAUACAUUGUUAAGAGGAAGAGAGAAAUAUUCCCCCCAGAUGAAAGCCGUCAUAGAAAAGAGCUGGAAGACUUUAAGGAGCGAAUGCGUCUUCGUAAGGAGCAGCGGCUAUUGAAAGAAAUGUCUUUGGAAUCCAAGAACUAAAAUUAUUCACCAAGCAUCUCACAGAUUUUUCUGGAGAAUUUCGUGGACAAUUGAAAACAAAUUGGAUGAAUGCAUGCCUGAUUUAUUUUGUCAACUUUGUCAUAAUGUUUUAGAGGCUGGCUGUCAAAAUGAAGAUACACUUUGGAUUAUUAAGAUAUGUGCAUUGUCUUAAAUAAAUGUUUAUUAUUAUUGUCUUU